UUUUCCCUACAUGCUUGUGCUAUUCUUUUGUUCUCCUUUAGCAAUUUAUCCCCAGCAUGGUCAGCUUGUCUGGAUGACCCAGAAAGCAGAACCCUGAGCGGAGCGAUAGGAGCUGUGUGAGUGGAGCAGAGAGACACUGGACUAGUGCUCUGGUGUAUAGUAUGAAACAGCAAGUGCCAAAUGGCAUGGCUUGGGAGGCAGAGGGCCCCAAAGCCAAAGGGGCGAACCCAGGCAGGAGUGUCACCUGCUGUACAGCACGCAGGGCAGACACAGCUCAGAAUGGCUGUAUUCUGCUCCGAUGGGCACUGGCUGGGGAGAGCGACAGCUAUCAGAAGUGGCAAAGGUUACACUGUCGUGCCAAAUGCUGGAUCAGUUUGGUUUUUAGAAGGUACAAAGCUUUAUUUUCAGCACAGCAGUCACAACGGCACGCUCAUCUGGGCAGCACCCUUCUCUGCUCUCCCCACUUCACAAGAGUGUCCACCCCCCACCAUCCUGCUUCCCCUGCUCACCUGGCUUCACCCUCUCUCCCUGACAGAUCCGAAGAUUUUCCCCAUCACCAACAGGAAGCACCUGAGCAAUGGAGGCACUUUCCUCUCUGAUCUAGUGCUUUGUCUCUGUCACACUGUGUGGUGAGGAGUGAGAGCAUGAAUUAUGGGGCAGGCCCAUGGUGAAAGUAUGCAUGGGCUCCCUGCCCGAGGGUUCUGUGACUCCCUCAGGUAGACUAGCCCAUGUUGGUUGGACAUGUGGCCGGAGUGCCCUCCUCCUCCACUCCUCAGGGCCUGCCUUUUCAUACAUCGUAAGAAGGGCCUGUUAGCUGCUUCCCUGCGCCCCUCCCAGAGAAGGUGCAUAGGGCUUAUGGGGCAGUCAGCUUGCAGGUUUCUAAAAUUCACCCCUCUUUCCUCCUGUUGCAGCAACACAGAUGUUCACACCGUGGCGUCCCUCCUGAAGCUUUAUCUCCGAGAGCUGCCAGAGCCCGUCAUCCCCUUUGCCAAAUAUGAAGACUUCCUGUCAUGUGGACAGCUGCUCUCCAAGGACAAGGGAGAGGGCACCCGAGAGCUGGCUAAACAGGUGAAGACCCUGCCUCAGGCAAACUACAACCUCCUCAAAUACAUAUGCAAAUUCCUCGAUGAAGUUCAGUCUCACUCCAGCGUGAACAAGAUGAGCGUCCAGAACCUCGCCACGGUGUUCGGCCCAAAUAUACUGCGGCCCAAAAUGGAAGAUCCAGUCACCAUUAUGGAAGGCACGUCGCUGGUCCAGCACUUGAUGACAGUGUUAAUAAGUGAACACGGACAGAUCUUUGCCAUUUCGCAGGCCGAUGCGGCCGGGGCUCAGCCCGAAGCCCGCUCCGUGCUGCAGCGCAGCAUGGUGGAGUGGAUCUCCGAGGAAGACGGGGAGGACAGCAGGUCGGAGAAGAGCGUCCCCAGCCCUGCCGACUUGCCUUCUAGCAGUGCCAUGGCGCCGGACGCCGUGCCCAGCUCGCUGGCGAAAAACGCCCCUCAGGAGCACAGCAGCAAAGCCACCCAGCCUGCCACCAGCCCCAGCAAGAGGGUGCAGACGUUACCCACCUGGAAGUACUCCUUCCGGCAACAGGGGGCAAGGUCUGUCAGCCCCAAGCUGGGUAGCUCGUCCUUAGACAUUCCUAAUCUAUCCUCUAGCGGGAACUGGCUGAUGAAUGGACUGUACUCUCUCCGAGGCCACCGCCGGACGUCCUCUGGGGAGCGGGUGAAAGACUCAGGUUCAUCCCAAAGACUCUCCACCUACGACAACGUCCCCUCCUCCAGCCUCUCCCUGAGUGCACACAGCAUCGCCAGCACCGCCUGGUCCACCUCGUCCUGUGAGAUCUCGGUCGUUGAUUCUGUCAGCAGCUGCCCGGCUUGCCGGGCCAGUGACUCCUCUGCUUUAAGCUCCCUCAGAACGGAAUGGGCAACUCAGGGCUCGCUGUCGCAGAGCGAGGUCAAGACUGUGGACCUGGAGAACAGCAUGGAGAGGUUCGAAAUGUGCAUCAGCAGCUGCAGCGAGCAGAGUGACCUGGCGGCUGCUUCCAAAGACUCGGCCAGAUGCUCCAGGGCUCUGCAGAGCCUGGUUUCAGAGCUAAAGACAGGACUGAGCAAACAGAGGACUGAGUAUGAGUCUAGUAUCAAAAGAAUUGAAGAAACAAGCGCUGAACUGAGAAAACGAGUGACAAGAUUAGAAGAGGAGUUGGACCAGGAGCGAAAGAAAUACACUAUGCUGGAGAUCAAACUGAGGAAUUCAGAGCGUGCACGUGAAGAUGCUGAAAAGAGAAACCAGCUCCUGCAGACAGAAAUGGAAGAGUUUUUUUUGACAUUAGGAAAUUUGACUGUUGCAAGCCGGGGAGCUAAAGUGCCGAAGUAAAGGAAGCAGAAGUACACCAUCAACCGUGUUUUUUAAUUCCAGCACAAGUCAUUUUGUUCUGGGUUACUCAUGCAUCAUGAGUAAUUUUGCAGAGAGUCCCUGCUCUUAAGGAUUUUUGCUAUGUUGUUUUGUUUACAUAUGCUCUAGUAUUUGGGCUAUCAGGGAAACUGACCGCUAAAGGCAAUGCUUGAAACUGUAGACCCUAGAUUGCAAAUGGCUGGGCCUCUCUUUCCUAAUGUCAAAGGGACAACUCUGUGACUGCAGUCAUGUCACUGUCUUUGGCUUUACUGUGCCACCCUUUGCUGGUCCAGGGACAACAGUAAUGCUCCCACCACUGCUGCCAUGGCCUAAGCGAGCUGCAGGCAGGCUGGAGCGGAAGGAGCCCGCCAGUUCCUGUGGAGGAGACGAUACUGCUAGCAUGGCAGCAGGUUUAGCUCAUGUGAUGAAUCAAGUUGAACUUGGUGGGUUUUCCAUUCUUCAUGAAAUUUGUUUAAAAAUCUGCUUGGUGAAAGUUCUUAUUCCUGUUCUUUGUAUUAUUUUAUGAAGGUGUUUUGCAAAACUAGCCGACAAGCACUUUGAAGGCAUUUGAAAGUCUGACACUUCAUUAGUCACCCGAUUUCUAAUCCCCCCCCAUCCCUGCCGUGCCCAAACUAUGACUCUAAAUAUUAUUUGCACCAAAUGUGACUUAAUAAAUAUGUGAUUAAUAAAUACCUUGGAGGGGCAACCCCCCCGGAGCUUGAACUAAACACAUCUGGCCACAA